GAUCAGCUCAGAUAUGAAUAAACGACAAGUUCAGUGAAAAUCGCAAGGCUUGUGCGCAUGAUUUACGAGUCUCGUGAAUUGCACAUGUUUUCAGCUGCCAACCACCACGGCGCAUGCUUGGGACAAGGAUGUCUGCAUGUACAUUCGCACCUAGCGCCGGAAUAGCAAUCUUGCCCCGCGAGUUGACGCGGCAGAGCACCAACCCGUCCUCUUGACCUUUUGGUGGGCGGGCGUAGGCGUUUUCUGCCACGGACAAGGGUUAAUAUGCGCAGGGCUAGUCGAGUGCGCGAGCGUCUGACGUGACUGCCGUGUCCGUCCGUGUUGUUAUUUUGAUUAGACUGAUAUUUCUGCCUUCUUCACAUACCUGUCAAGAUUGUAUACGCAGACGACGAGCGAUUCCCUCCCACCGGACACCGAUAACGAAUCACACCAUCGCAGAUGGCGACAAAGAGAUCAGCAGAUGCAACGACCGCAGGCGCUCAAAUGCCCGUCAGCCCACGCAGUAACAGCAGUGUUCACGGAGAUGAUGCGGCUUUGAAAAUCGACAGUCCCAGCGAGAAACAGAUCGCCGAGCUUGUCGCUUCAGGAGAGAACGCUCUGAUGGAUUCCGCCGACGACUUGGACAUGGAUGAUGAAGAAGCUAUUGAAGACGAUGAUGAGGACAGUGGCCGGCCAUACAAGCGCAUAUGUCGCGGACGUGAAAGUGCACUCUCUUUGGCCAUGACUGAUCAGAUUAAGAAAAGCGCAUUCUCGAAGCCUAUUCUUGUACGUGUUGGCAGCUUGACCAACAGUCAAGACUUCCACAUUCAUUCCGCCCGCCUUGCCGCCUCAUCACCGUACUUCACCGAGCUAUUAGAAAAGCAGAUCGAAGAAGACGCACCACUCGAACUACCCGAAGAUGAUCCCAUCGUCUUUCAACUAUACGCCCACUACAUCUAUGACAAGAAGAGCAUCACAUCCCUGGACCUUACCGCUUCGAAUGCAGCUCUGGACUCAAGAUCCGCCGGCUAUGAUACAUAUAUCGACUUACUGCAAGCCUACAUUUUUGGCGAAAAGGUCCAAAACUCGGAUUUCCAGAACGAGGUCAUGAACCGCAUUUUGCAAUGUAUCGGAAACAUGCACAACAACAAGUCACCAAAGACAUCUGCUCUGGUCGAGAACAAGGACGACCUACCCUCAGCAUCUUCAUCAGAAAAUAUUGUCCGACCGCUUAUCGAGCUACUUUACCCGUCAUUGCCUCCUGACUCUAUCGGAAGAGGCUUGGUGGUCGAGACAUUUAUCGUUCUCUGGAGUCACUCGGAUGUGCUGCAAAACUUCGUGCCAGACGUCAGCAGAGAACUGUUGACAGAAAUCGCCGAAAUGCUGUUGAGUGGAGACAAGGAUCACAUCCGGGAUGCUUGGGCUCAAGCCAUCAACGGAGACUACUCAUACUACCAUUCUGCCAGGUACGACGAGCACUAAAUGUCUUGUGUGUUGUCCAUUAAAGAAAUCAAGUACGGGCGACGGUCGGAUUUGAUAUACUUGCUUGCAAGCUGCUGGUUCAUGCGUGCGUUCUUAUUUUCUCUUCUGUUCCUUUUCCCUUUAGAUGCAUACAGCUUUUUCGUCUUUCUAAUGUCUGUCUUGUGUUUUGGCUAUUUGAGGAUUUUGGUGGGUUGAGAGACGGUUCGGGAAGAUCUGGAUAUUUUCUUAGUCACGACGUUUUACGAAAUGCAAAGACCUGAUCGAAAAAU